CAACAGUUUGAGGAUUUAUCGGCACCAUUGCCGGAGAUGGCGGAAGACGUGCUGGAGGGAACUUUCAUGAAUGAGUUGGACCCAGUGAUUAGGACAUAAGUAUUAUCCAUGUAGGCCAUGGGCCUUAAAGACAUGAUGGAGGCAGCCCAGUUAGCAGAGGAAAAAUUAAAAACAACCAAAAAUAACCAAGGCCCCUACUUGAGAGAGAUAAAAACAGCUCAGAAAACCAUACCCAAUAAUUUGGAAUACCCUAGCACUAAAAUAGUUACUCUUGUCGAAAAAUUUUCCCCCCAACCAAAUAAUUCGAUUACAUCUCAACCCAACGCAAUGGGAGGAACCAGAUGCGAACUACCCUUUCGGUGGUAGACAGAUUUGGAACUUCUGGCAAGACGUGAUAAAGGCUUGUGCUACAGAUGCAACGAACCAUUCAAUAAAGGACAUCGUUGCCAGAACAAGGAACUUCGACUUUACUUAGUAGCUAACGACCUUGAAGACAUGGUAAUGGAAGAUAUAGAAAAUGAAGGAACCAUGGUAGAGGUCAGUCCAGUUGUGGAGUUGUCACUAAACUCGGUGGAGGGACUCACGACGCCGAGCACAUUCAAGAUAAAAGGCUCGGUGGAAGGCAAAGAGGUUAUGGUUAUGAUAGACUGUGGGGUCACUCACAACUUCAUUUCGACGCAUUUGGUAGAAGAGCUAAAUAUUCCCACCGCAGAAACUACCAGCUACGGGGUCAUUAUGGGUUCCAAAAAGGCUGUCCAAGGGAAGGGGAUGUGCAAAGGGGUCACAGUCGAGCUACCGGUACUGACUAUAGUGGAGGAUUUUUUAUCGCUAAAGUUGGGUAAUCUGAACAUGGUUUUGGGCAUGGAGUGGCUCCGAAAGCAAGGAGCAAUGACCGUUGAUUGAAAAGAAUUAGCCAUGACAUUUGUCGUGGGAGACAACAAAAUACUCUUAAAAGGGGACCCCUCGUUGAUUCGAAUGGAAGUGUCGUUGAAAAUGUUGGGGAAAUCGUGGUAGUCGGAAGAUCAGUGUUUUCUAAUCGACUUCAGAGCCUUGGGCAUCUAAAAAACGGAUCGACAGAUAAUGGUUCAGGAAUCUGUGGAAGAACUUCAACCAGAAUUCGAGCAAUUACAACUGGAAUUUGAUGACGUGUUUAAUAUGUCGGCGAAGCUUCCCCCCAUGAGACAGGUCGACCAUCGAAUCCAAUUGAAAGAGGAUACAGACCCCAUCAACGUGAGAUCGUACCGCUACCCACACGCUUAGAAUAAUGAAAUUGAGAAGCUAGUGAAUGGGAUGCUUGAUUCAGAUAUUAUACGGCCAAGCAUUAGUCCUUUCUCUAGUCCCGUGAUCUUAGUGAAAAAGAAGGACGGGAGAUGGAGAUUCUACGUAUUAUAGAGCGCUGAAUAGGGCAACAAUACCCGAUAAAUUUCUAAUUCCUAUGAUUGAUGAGUUGUUGGAUGAGUUGAAUGGAGCAAGUGUCUUCUCCAAGAUAGAUUUGAAAUCGGGGUAUCACCAAAUCAGGGUGCGCGAUGAGGAUGUGAGAAAGACUGCUUUUCAAACGCACGAUGGGCACUACGAGUAAGUUAUGCCAUUCGGACUCACCAAUGCACCCGCGACGUUUUAAGCCCUUAUAAAUCAGGUUUUCCGACCCUAUCUGCGUACAUUCUUGCUAGUAUUUUUUGACGAUAUUCUAGUGUACAGCAGGGAUGUGGAAAAUCAUUUGGAGCACUUUACAGUCAUGUUUCAACUAUUAAGACAACAUUAUCUGUUUGCGAACCACAAGAAGUGUCAUUUCGCAAAAGAUCGUAUUGAGUAUUUGGGUCACUAGGUCUCAGCCAAGGGAGUAGAAGCUGACCAAGAAAAGGUUAAAGCUAUGUUGGAAUGGCCAGUGCCGAAGAAUGUAAGGGAACUUAUGGGGUUUUUUAGGUUGACCGAGUACUUUCGUCGAUUUGUGGCAAACUAUGGUACCAUUGCCACACCCCUGACGCGAUUAACAAAGAAAAUAAUUUCUGUUGGUCGAAAGAAGCAACCCAAGCAUUUUAAUCCCUCAAGAAAGCCAUGGUAAUGCUCUCUGUUCUGGCACUACCAGAUUUCCAGCUACCUUUUGAGAUCGAAACAGAUGCAUCGAGGUUCGUACUAGGUGCGGUCUUGUCUUAGAACAAGAAGCCGAUUGCGUACUUCAGUCAAAAACUAUCAGAAUCAGCACGUGAAAAAUCGGUUUACUAGAGGGAACUCAUGGCCAUAGUCCUAGCGGUGGAAAAAUGGUGACACUACUUGUUGGGCCAUCGUUUUGUGGUGUAUACUGAUCAUAAGGCAUUGAGACAUAUCCUAGAACAUAGGGAGUUAAUAUCAGGUGUUCAAAAGUGGAUAAUAUGAAAUCAAUGGGGUUUGACUUUGAGAUCUUUUAUUGAGCAGGGUCGGAUAACAAGGCAGCGGAUGCAUUACCACGCAUUCCAAGUGGGACCCAGUUGAAUGUAUUAUAGUUCCAUCAUUACUAGACAUUGAGGUAGUGGAAAAGGAAGUUCAAGAGGAUGUGAAACUAAAGGAUAUUUUCGUUCGAUUGUUAGCAAAUCCAAGCUGCAUACCUCGCUAUACAGUUCGCCGAGGCAAGCUGUUUUAUAGAGGUAGGUUAGUUCUCCCUAUGACUUCGAGUUUAAUUCCCACCAUCUUGCACACCUUCCAUGACUCGAUCGUAGGGGGACAUUCGAGACAAUUACGUACCUAUAAACGAAUCGUAGCAGAGUUGUUUUGGGAAGGUAUGAAGGAUGAUAUUAAACUAUACGUGGAUCAUUGUCAUGUGUGCCAAUAGAGUAAGAUCCAAGCAUUAUCUCCGGCUGGACUGCUACAACCGCUCCCUAUUCCAAAUCGUAUUUGGAAGUAUUUCCAUGGAUUUUGUAGAGGGAUUACCACGAUCCAAGGGGUUUGACACCGUAUUGGUGGUAGUAGAUUGCCUAAGCAAGUACGUUCACUUUAUAGCCUUCGGACAUCCAUUCUUGGCCAAAACAGUAGCUAUGGUGUUUGCCAAAGAGAUAGUGGGCCUUCACGGCUAUCCUCGUCCUAUAGUGUCCGAUUGAGAUCGAAUGUUCCUAAGUCAUUUUUGGAAAGAGUUAUUCCGAUUGCAAGGUACCCAACUAAAAGAAGCACAUCAUAUCACCCACAAACGGAUGGGCAGACGGAGGUGGUUAACAAAUGUUUAGAGCUGUAUUUAAGAUGUUUUUACCAAGAAAAAUCGACGACAUGGAGCGAUAAGAUUGUAUGGGUCGAGUAUUGGUACAAUACCAACUACCAAUCUUUGAUAAAGAAUACCCCUUAUGCUGUAGUUUAUGGACGGCCCCCUCCCCCUAUCAUUUCCUAUGGCCAAGCAUCUACAACCCCAAAUGAUUUAGUGGAAUAUUAGUUGCAAUCGAGAGAUGAAAUGUUAGCUAUCCUGAAGAGUCAUUUGCAACAUGCCCAAGAACAAAUGAAGAAGUUUGCUGAUGUGCACCGUUGCAAUGUGAUUUUCGACAUUGGAGACUGGGUCUAUCUGAAAGUACAACCCUAUAGGCAACAGUCGGUAACGAAGAAGCUUUGUGAAAAAUUAUCUUUCAGAUAUUUUAGGCCAUACAUGAUCUUGGGUAGAGUUGGAGAAGUAGCUUACAUGCUGGGCCUUCCAAAAACUGCCAAAAUACAUCUGGUUUUCCACGUAUCACAACUCAAGAAGGCAGUGGAAGACCAACAUCAAAUUCAACCGAACAUAGCAAUGCUCAAUGAUCAAAUGGAGCUGGUGUUAGAACCCGAAAAUGUGACCCAAGACACGAAGCAACAUGGGAGUUCCUAAACGAGAUUGGGAGUAUUUAGUCCAGUGGAAAGAUAAACCAAGACACGAAGCAACAUGAGAGUUCCUAAGCAACGUGGCAGCAACAGAAUGAGGUUAUUGUGAGGACAAGGUGUCUCUUCUCCAUGGGGGUAUUGCGAGGCCUCCAAUCACACAGUUUACUAAAGAAAGGGUAAGAAGGAAAAUUCAACCUAGGCAACAUGGUUGUUAGGAUGGCCAGUGGUCCCAACAACGUGGCAGCAGCAAAAUGAGGGUAUAUAUGUAGGUGUUUUGUGCUACGGUUGGUAUCUGAAUUUUUGGGAAUAUUUUGGAUGAACAUGUUGUUCAUUAGGGAGAGAGAAACCCUCUUAUUUGGCUGAAAAAACUAUCAUAGAACUCUUUUGGAAUUCUUAUUAAAUAUACCUAUAUCUCAUCUCUUCUCAUAUUGGUGUUGUGUGUGAACUAUAUUGUGCUCGAUCUGCUGUGUAUUUACCUACUGCAGAGACCAUGAAGCUUAACAAUGACAUGUAGUGGGUGAGUGACGAUGUUUGGAGGAUAGAAGACAGUUAAGAGACGGUUGAUUCAUGACCAACAUGAUCAAUGCCAAACUUUAGUGGUAGGGAAAUUUAAAGCAAGAGAAUUUGUUUAUGCAUUUUUUGUGUCAAAUAGAGGAGAAGGGAAGAUGGAGGAAGAAGAAAUACACAAAUAAAUAAGAAUAAUUGCGGGGGACUGGUAUAGUGAGCAGCAGAGGUUGAACUGUACUUGACGAUCCAAGAUUAGCUUGACCAAUGCUUUACAUAAACUCAUAGAACAAAGCAUUUCAAUUUUUUAUUGUUUAAAAAAAGAAACAGAUGCGAGUUCUUAGAAAGUGGGAUGAUAAGAUUAUUAGGUGACAGAGGGAAGAGAAAACAAUUCAAAAUGUUGUCGAUGGUUGACAAUCCAAGUGUGUUUUGUAUACAGUUACGAUUGUUUGACUGACAACGAUCAUACUAACAUCAGUCAACCAGCAACAGUCCUUGACAAUAGCAUGUAGUUGUCGAUAAUUAUGGAUGAUAGAUAAUAGUCGUAGUAAGCAACUUUUAAGGAAGUCAAAACCAUAACCAUUGUGAUAAUCAUAAAAAUUGGUGAUCACACCGGUUGCCAACGACAAUCACGUGACUAAUCAGCAAAUAGUUGCUAAUGAUGAUUACAAUAAAAAUUGUUGAUGAUCACAAUGGUGUCCUAAAGAUGUUCAUAGGGGUUUAGUUAGAGACGAUUGUUGAUGGUGAUCCACAGCUAAUUAUAAGAGAUAGAAGAUGAAGGGAGAAUUUUUUCAAACCCAUGUAUUCAAUAAAAACCUCUAUUCCAAAUCUUGGAGCUUGGUUUAUUAUUCUCCAUAUUAGAAAUUGAAAAUUGGGUAUUAUGUUGUUUAUCUCAUUCAACAAAUAACCAUUUAUGGUUAUUACAUCACUUAUAUAGGUCCCUUGCAUCAAUCAAUAAUCAAGUCUGUGUUAGUCUCUGGAGAUUCCUACCACGAAUUCACCUAACAUGCCUCACCACAAAUUUUCCACAACCCCUCUUAAACAUAUCUCAAUUCUCACUACCUUCAAAUUUGAUUCAAUAUACCUAAACGUAGAACACAUUAUUUAGGUUACCCUAAUUCCAAAAGGAGUGUAAGUAUGUUUCUCCCCAUCAAAAUCCCUUCAUUGGUUAAAGAACUUGUGAAGUGCGGGUAGGGUCUAAGGUCGAAACCAAAACCCCUUAAACCCUCGAGUGUCUUUCCUUUCUUCCAACAAUCUCUACCACUCAAACUCAUCUUCGAAUGGUCAAAGAAGCCCUCCAAUACUUGGCUCACCUCCGACGAACCUUCCGCUUUCCCACCCCUUUCACCUGCAACAAGCUUCUCCACUCUCUCAUCAAUUCCGGCUGCGGCCACCUCUCCGCCAAAUUGCUUUUCCACUUUCUCUCCAAAGGGUACACUCCUCAUCCAUCUUCUUUCAAUUCCAUCAUCUCCUUUUUCUGUAGAUCAGGAAAUGUGAAAUUUGCCGAACAUAUUUUCAUUUCUAUGUCUAGGUUUGGGUGCUCGCCUGAUAUUGUGUCCUACAAUUCUUUGUUAGAUGGGUAUUGUUCGAGUUAUCAAAUUCAGAAAGCCUGCUUUCUUGUGAAUAGAGUUCGUGGGUGUGAGUUAAAUAGGCCUGAUUUGGUGAUGUUUAAUAUACUGUUUAAUGGGUUUGCUAAAGUUUAUAUGAAGAAUGAGGCAUUUAUGUAUUUCGGUUUGAUGUGGAAAUACUGUUUGCCUAGUAUUGUUACUUACGGUACGUUUGUUGAUAUGUUCUGUAAGAUGGGGGAUAUGAAGAUGGGUAAUAGAAUGUUUUUGGAUAUGAUGAAGGUUGGUAUUGUGCCUAAUUUGGUUGUUUUUAGCUCCUUGAUUGAUGGCUAUUGCAAGGCUGGGAGUUUGGAUGUUGCAUUUGAAUACUUUGAGAGAAUGAAAGAAUGUUCGGUUCGGCCGAAUGAGUUUACAUAUUCCACGUUGAUUGAUGGUUGCUCCAAGCAUGGGAUGUUGGCAAGAGCCGACUCUUUGUUUGAAAAGAUGUUGAGUGCUAGUAUUCUGCCUAAUUGUACGGUUUACACUUCAAUAAUAGAUGGUCAUUUUAAGAAGGGAAAUGUAGAUGAUGCGAUAAAGUAUAUUAAUCAGAUGUUUGAUCGAGAUAUAAAACUAGAUUUAACAGCAUAUACGGUAAUUAUCUCAGGCUUUCAUAGAGUUGGUAGGUUUGAUAAAUCAAUGGAAGCUGCAGAAUAUGUGGCGAAGAAUGGAUUACUUCCUGAUAGGAUAAUAUUGACAGCUAUUAUGGAUGUCCAUUUCAAGGCUGGAAACAUAAAAGAAGCUUUGAAUGCAUACAAAAUAUUACUCGCAAAGGGUUUUGAGGCUGAUGUUGUGACUCUUUCCGCCCUAAUGGAUGGCCUAUCCAAGCAUGGGUAUUUGCAGGAGGCUAGACGGUAUUUGGUCAAAGAAAAUGCCAAUGAAAUUUUAUAUACAGUGUUUAUAGAUGCACUAUGCAAGGAGGGUAAUUUAGAUGACGCUGAGAAAAUGAUUAAGGAGAUGUCUGAGGCAGGGUUUGUUCCAGAUAAAUUUGUGUACACUUCGUGGAUUGCUGAACUUUGCAAGCAAGGGAAUUUGCUGAAAGCUUUCAUGGUUAAGAAAAGGAUGGUUCAAGAGCAUGUGGAACCUGAUUUAUUAACUUAUAGCUCCCUCAUUGGUGGUUUGGCUGAGAAGGGACUAAUGAUAGAAGCCAAACAGGUUUUUGAUGAUAUGUUAAAUAAAGGAAUCACUCCAGAUUUUGUAUCUUAUGACAUCCUUAUUAGAGGAUAUCAUAAUCAGGGUAACGGAGCUGCAAUUUCAGGUUUACAUGACGAAAUGAGAAAGAGAGGAAUCAUUGUUGAAGAUUAGUUCACCAAAUAUUGAAGUUUGGUCUUGUUCUUCAAUUUAUACAUCAGCCUUCCAUACGGGAAACCGAGAUGUAUGCGAUUGACAUCUGCUGACUGGAUCGUGAUUUUGUAGACUGUAAAGGGUAUUUUAGACGGAAACAAAAAUAUAUAAAGAGAGUAAUUCAAACUCAAAUUAAUGUUCCUCCAUAUACUCCUUUGCUUAUCACAAGUUAUGAAAUCUCCCAAAUGGUUAAAUUUUGCCGAUCACCUUUGGGUUAUUGACAUAAGUCACAAGAUUUUGUUCUCAUUAUACUGUCUAGUUGCAACAUAAGAUCAGCCAAGUGGAUGGCAUUGUUUGAGAUUCCACCUGAUGGAUUGCUUAGCAAUUUCAAGUCAUUGGCUGAAAGGUAUAUAUCAAUUCUUGCAAGCUAGAGAUUUUAUACGACCAAAAUAAACACACUUUGGUUUUGUUGCAUAUGAGGAAGUUCUCAUCAGAAACAGAAAUAAGCUAUUGUAUAAUUUGUCACUUCCUGUACUUGAUGAAUAUGAUUUACUUUGAGCACUUGGAUGAUGUAUUGUAAAACUUUCCAAUGUGAAUUAGGAUUAUUUGAAUGGGUUUCAUUGUGGUCUAUAUUUUGAGAAUACAUGUAUCUAGUACCUAAAAUUGUAAUCUUUGAAAUAUUGUCUUGUAUUAGAUAUGAUGAGAGUGCUAAGGUUGUAUCAACCUAUUUGAGAUAUUUGAAUGCAUCACAUGAUCCUUAGCGUUUUA